GUUCAUAGCCCAGGCACUAGUAGUUUCACUGAAUACUUACCUAGGUAGGUAGCAUUAACUCUUAUUACCUAACCAAGUACCUACAACCUGGGUAAGAUAGAUGGCUUCGUUUUCUUCAAGCCUCUUGCAAGGGACAAUCUGAAAUCAUGGUGACUAUAACUAGAGAUUCGGUGAUUAUACCACAUCUUCCUAGCCAGUUCUUUAUAUUCUUCAUUUAUACGCGCACACAAUGAAGUUAGGGGUGAAGACGAAGUAAGGGGUAGAAUCCCUUCAUACCCUACGAAGCAACAUAAAUUGAUCAAUUACCUAGGUACCUAUCUCUCAUCUCUCGGACUCAAUUUCUACGAUGAACUCAAUGCGAUUCAAAAUGUCUUCUAGAAUUAAUACGAUACUUAUCAUCGGUGCCACCGCUGGCAUUGGUGAAGCCUUUGCUCGCCGAUUUCAUAGUAUGGGAAAGAAAGUAAUCAGCACAGGUCGAAACCAAGACAAAUUGAAGGAAAUGGCUAAGGAAUUGCCUGGGCUCGAAACACGCCAGUUCGAUAUAUCGGACCUGGCUACUCUUCCUACCAAUGUUGAUGGCACCCUCAAGGAUUUCCCUUCUCUUGACACCGUCUUGAUUACAGCGGGAACCCAACUCUCCUAUAAUCUAUUUGAUCCAUCCUUGGUGACAUCCGAGGAGAUCAAUGCUGAGAUUACGAUGAAUCUAACAGCACCUAUUCUUCUCAUCCGCCUCUUCUCACCACACCUUCUUCAGCUAGCUAGGAAUGGGACUAAAACAACCCUGUUCAUGACCAGCUCAUCUCUUGCUUACGUCCCAUUGAGCUUCUAUCCAACGUACGCAGCAGCAAAAGCUGGCGUCCGGGCGAUAAUGAAAAUACUGCGACAGCAACUUGGGUUUAAUCCAAAUGGGAAAAACAUGCGCGUAGUUGAGAUUGUACCUCCUUAUACGGACACGGGUCUUGACAAGGCACAUCGAGAAGCAACAAUUGCCAUGCAGGGUGCUCCCGACAAAGCAUUCCCAUCAAUGCCCUUGGGCGAGUUUGUCACCAAGUUCUUCGAUAGUUUGGAGCAGCCUGGUCCUGAUGAGGAGAUUAAGAAGGAAACAGGCGUGGGAUCUGGUGAGAUAGGCGUCAAUACGUGGCGCAACAGCUUUGGAAAGAUGUAUGAACAGAUGGAUAUAGCGACUUAAGUACAAUUUUACAAUCGGUAGAACCUACCUAGGUACAGUUAAUAGCAAGCAAAAGUAGGUAAACAUCAUUUAUCAAUUUUAACCAAGUUUGACUUGAAAUAUAAUAUUGAAUUCUCGAUUGAGGUAAAUGCCCUUGGAUAUAUUAACUUGUAUCAGAAUUAUGAUUGAGUACCCACGAGAGGGUCUUGGUAGAUGGCAUGCUGUACCUACUUAGGUAGGUAGGUAGGCUACAUACAUACC